GUUUUGCAGUGGUGGAGAAGAACGUGUACGUCAUUUUCACAAUGGCGGAGGCAGGGUGAGGAGGAGAGAGAGUGUAUAUGUGUGUGUGUGAGUGUGAGUGAAGCGGUGCCGUAAUCGUUUUACAGCUACAUUGCCCGUUAAUUCCUGCGCACGGUGUGCCUCGGUAAAAUGGCCCUGAACCCCAACGGGAGAAGGGACGCAGAAUGUACCGAGACGGACUAUCUCCAGCCGGAGGAGGGUGGUGGCGAGCACCCGAAGAAUUCAGCCGCCACCUCGGCCACAGUCAACCAACAAAAUGGCGAUCAGCCUGGAUGUGGAGACGGCGUAAUGCCCGAACAAGAAGCCCCCGAACGGCGGAGGAGCUCGCAGGCGAGACCCGGCGAAGAGCAGCCGCGGAGGAAUUUCCAAAUCCCGAGGAAGAUAAAAGGCUUGUACCAGUUCCUGCCCCCCGACAGCCGGGAGUUCGAGGACCUCGUGAAGAUCGUCUCCUCGUUUUACCUCGACUCGUCGUCGCGAGGAACCUUCUCGUACUGCAAGGCCCGGCUCAUCCACAACGAGCUGCUGGAGAAGGAGUUCAUCGAGAAGCGGAGAGAGAUGAAGCAGGAGGGGCGGACGGAACAAGAGCUGACCGAGUCGUACUGCUUCCUUUAUCCGGACAAAUCCAAGCUCCAGUGGAUCUGUGAGAAGGGUCUGUCGGUUGGACACUCCAGGAUCACUACACUAGGAAAUCCAUCAGUGGGUGUUUACGUCUCCAAAUAUUCCGACCUGUUACAAAUCAAUCCCUUUGAAGUGGGCUCGUCCGGAGACAUGAUCGUUUUUAAAGUUAUGAGGGGUCGAAUAAAGCACAUCCACGAGAACAUGCCUAAGAACGCGAUGGAACCUACUCCCAAGUUCGACUGUCACUUGUCCAAAAGUGCCAACAGGGUCACGUCUUUGCUGUCUUACCGGGCGUUUGAGCUCACGCAGCAAUAUUUCUUUGAGUUUGCGUUCGAUGAGAUCAAGGCCCGGCCGCGGCACGUGUGCCCCUACGCUGUGGUUUCCUUCAAGUACAAAGGCAAGGAGGCCGCUGCUACGCCCAUGACGUCACACAGGUUUCACACUAUUUCCUCUGAAGGAGGUCGAGGGAGGAGCUGCUACACGGUGUGGAGUGGUCCAUUGGUGAACAAGGGCCACGAGUUAUUCCCAAUCUGUUUACGGUCCUCGUCGCGCCCUUACCUCCCCUUCAAACUGCCUGAGAAGCUGGAGAUGAGCAGAGGCAUGCAGCUGGAUCAGGUGAAGCGAAAGAUUCCCUCUGUGCUCUUUUCUUGGGACACUUACAGCGCAUCACGGGAAGUGAUGAAAUGUGGGAUGUCCUGCAGCCUGUUCGAGGUGGUGGACGGAAAAGGCAAACCCACCAGCGGCAGCUUGGCAGCGCUGGUCCAUAAACUGGAGAGGGACAGGAUGGUGCUGGUGAAGUCCUUGUUUGACCGGGGCUUUCUGUUCCUGCUGUCCUCGGCGCAGAUGGUUGAGUCCAAAGAGCGGCGGGGGCGCGUCGAGAAGAACCUGCAAGCGUUAUUCAUCUUUCAGGAGUCAAGGAUGGUUGUCAAGUAUUCAUCCAGACUGUUCGAGCCAGAGCCGCUGUCGACGGAGCCCCAGCCCGCCAUCCUGUCCUCCGUGGAUCCCUUCGUCCCGGCUCUGCACUACGCGCUCUUCAAGUUGCGCGCCAACCCGGGCAAGGACCUGAGCUCGGGGGUGGAGCGCCAGGCCACCGACUACCUGACCCGCAAGGACUCGGGCACGGUGCGGCCGUUCAUUCUGCCCGACUACAAAUACAACGCGGACGACAGGACCAACCCGCUGCUGGUGCACAGACCCAAAUGCAACAUGGACGCCGUGCUGCGCUCUUACGUGCACAACCCCGGCAACUACAUUUUACCUCUGAGCAAGACGAAGAACGUCAUCAAUAGAAUAAGGAACCCCGUGCCCGUGCCCGUGCCCGUGCCCGUUCCCAUACCUGCGCCAGCCCCAGUGGAAUACAGCCCUGUGUCCGACUGGGGCGGCUCGGACAGGGGCUCGGACAGGGCGGAGAGACUCGCAGAGAGGCCGCCUCCGGACAGGCCGGCACAGGAGAAACCGCCGUCGGACAGCAGCAGCAGCAGCAGGCGGAGGCAAGGGUUGGCCCAUUCUAACGGGGCCCAGGCGCAGCACAAGACCCCCGCGGAGCCCCAGCCUCAGCCCCCUCAGAGGCUGCGUCUGUCCCAGAACGAGUACGAUAAAGACAAGAUGAAGCAGCUGCUGAAGCUGAUCCAGCUUCACAAGAAGGCGAUCGUGAAGGAGCCGGGGAAGGAGCGGGGGGAGGACGGGGCGUGGGACGUCAGCAGCCUGAAGAGGAAGUUCGAGGGCGACGAUCGGGGGGGCGCGAACAAGCACCAACGCACGGACCCGCUCAGCAACGGGGAACCCAGCAGAGGAGCCCAAGCAGAAGAGAUCGGAGAUGAGGUCGGACACGGCGACAAUCUGACAGCGGUGAUGGAGAGCAUGGGCAUCUACGACACCGACCUGAGGGCUCACAGCAACGCCGGCGCCCCCGCGGUGAACGAGACCCAGCGCCUCCUCAAGAUCCUCCUGGCUACCCUCAACAAAGCCGUGGCUCAGGGUUCCACGUCAGCGCAGUCGAACCACGGCGAACCGUCGACGGGCACGGGGAGCGGGGAACCCGCCUUCCUCGAGCCGGAUCUCAAGAACCCGAAUGAGCCCGCGUCUCACACCAACUACACAGAGGAGGACAUGGACUGUAGCCCUGGUAGUCCACUCAGCCCGGGCUCCCCAGCAGAGCAAGCUCACACCUCAGACACCACCACCUGGGUGAACCCGGCCAGUGAAGACCAAGCGCAGCCUUUUCCUGAGCUGGAGCCCAAGCCGGAGCCCGUGACGGUGACGGACAGCUACGCAGAGCCGAAGACGCCCGUCAACGCGGAAACAAAAAAGCCGGGCGCACCGCCGACGUUACCGGUCGUGGAGGAACUUCCCUUCCGGCCCUCCAUCAGCCUGGACACCAUACUGAACCAGGAGAUUCACAGCCUCACGUCUGACAUUAAGAACAUCAUGCAGACUCACCGCAUCUGGUAUUCUUCGCGGCUGUCCCCGCGGCUGCCCCCCCGCCACUGCUGGCUGCCCAACAGCUGCUUCUCGGACUUUGUGGUGCCCUUCGUGUCCCCCGUACCCGUUCAGGGCCACGUCAGAGCGCUGUGCGAGAAGAUGGACAAGUUGAUCCCGGCCCCGCCCACUCCCUCCCAGGUCACCUCCCCGCCGCCCCCGGUGACCACGUCUAAUCUCACCACACCGCCCAAUCUCACCACACCGCCCCCCACCCCGGUACAGACUGCCAAGCCUAAAGCAGACCCCUCCCUGUCAAAGGGCGCCGCCUCCUCUCACAGCGGUAAAAUGGGCAUCGUUAAAGGCACGGCGUCCACGAAGUCUAAAGCGGAAGGCUCGUCGGCGGAGCUGGAGGGAGAGAUCUACUCUCCCUCUCACGUCACGCCAGAGUCUCCAGAGACCAAGGCCCAGAAAGCGGCUGCGGGCAGCGGGCCGGGCCUGCUGGCCGGCAGCCUCAUCGGUCAGCUGAAGCCCGAGGUUUUCAGCAGCCUGGUGGAGAUCUUUAAGGACGUCACCAAGAACACGGUCAAGUUCUACAUCUACUGCGGGGACGAGGGGGAGGAGAGCACCGUCUGCAAGGAGAUCAAGGAGUACUUGAAGAGUCUUGGCAACAGCGAGUGCAGCCCACAGACGUUUCUGGAAAACAGCGGCAGUUUAGAUAAGCUCCUCAUCAUCAUCCCGAACGAGGACAUCGCUGCACAUGUGCACAAGAUCCCGGCUCUGGUGUCUCUGAAGAAGUUGCCCUCGGUGAGCUUCGCCGGAGUGGACACUCUGGACGACGUCAAGAACCACACCUACAAUGAGCUCUUUGUGUCCGGGGGCUUCAUGGUGUCUGACGAGUUUGUCCUCAACCCCGACCUCAUCACACAGGAUCGUUUGCAGGGGCUGCUGAAGUUCCUGGAGGAGCAGAGCACCCCCGAGCACCCCUGGCAGUGGAAGGUGCACUGCAAGUCCCAGAAGAAGCUGAAAGAACUGGGGAGGUUGAACACUAACGCCAUGGGGCUGCUGAACCUCCUCACUUCCUAUCAGAAGAAGCACCUGGUGGAGUUCCUUCCGUAUCACGAGUGCGACACCCAGUCGCGUCAGGCUCCGGACCUGGACUGCCUGAUCAAGCUCCAAGCUCAGCACACGCAGCAGCGGCACCUUAUCUUCCUCACAGAGCGGCCGUUUGAGAUGUUCCUCCAGUACUCCAGAAACGGGAUCGUGAUCGGGAGCAUCGACGACGUCAUGAGCGGUUUCCACAGUCUGAUCGGCUCCAUCAAUCAAAAUGAGCUUCCAACACCACCCUCUACAGUAGUGAAUGACGAGUGUGUGGAAGAGGAGGACAUGUCGUUAGACUCUGAGGAUGAUGAUGAUGAGGAUGAUGAUAAUAAUGAUGGAGGUGAGCCGACCACCGUGUCGGAUCCCCCAGAGCGGAGCCAGGCCGUGGAGAAGGGGAAGCCUCCGCUUCCGCCCCCCCCAGAGACGGAGGAGUUUCGGCCUCCGCUCCCGGAGCAGCAGGCCACCCCCGACAGAACUCCCACGCUGUCCGAGUACAGCGCUCUCAAAACGGCCAUCUCUCAGUUCAAGGCCACCAACCAGAUGGGGAUGGGCUCUUCGGACAUCGGAGGCUUGUCCCCGGGAGGUUUCCCCGUGAACCCCCACCAGAGCUUCCUGUGCCCCUCGGCAUCGUGGUCGUCCUACACCGGCUCCUCCAGCUACGCGGCCUCCCCGGCCUACCCCGCGUCACCCUGCAGCAGCACCCAGGAACAGGACUACCGCCCCCCGGUCCCAGCGGCCCCAUCCCCUGCCUCGAUCCCGCCCCCGGCCGUCAUUGCCGCGGCGGGACCUCUAGCCAACCUGGCGUCCCUCCCCUUGGAGGUCAGACCUCCCCCUCCGCCUCACCUCAUGAUGCUGGGCCACAUGUACGGCUCGGACGCCGGAGGAGCCGGGGCUGCUGGGAACUCCCCGCUCACCACCUCCCUCCCUUACACAGACCACAGUGACUCAGCCCAGCCAGCGUACAUGGCUGGCAUUCAUCAAAAUGCUGGCGGGACCCCCUCGCAACGCGACAGGACACUCACCCGGCCUGGGGACGGUCUAUGGGGGACCAGCUCCUGUCGGACUGCUAGCGGACCUCUGGACCCCAGCGGGCUUCAUCAGACUGGGGAAACCCUCGGAGGCAGCGCCCCUGGUAGUCAGGGGGGCAGGACUCAGGUGAAUUGCAUUAACAACCUUGGAGCUUCUGUGGGUAUUCCCACAGUGGCCACCAGGGGGGGCUCUAUAGUCAGGCCUAAGAUGCCUCCACAUCCAAUGUGUGGCAUCGGCUACGGCAGUAUAGGUGGCAUCCCUGGACAGUUGGACCAUGGGCCUAUGCGGGGGGGUAUGGGUCUUGGUUCUUUAGGGAGCUAUCGAGGUAGAGGACCUCCACCAGUAGCCCUUUGGCCUCGGCCAGGACGAGGACACGAUCGGGGGGGCGGGUCGGGAGGUGGACCCUGCUUUUGGGGUUACCCGGCAGGCAGGGGCGGGGCACAGGAUCACUACUCGGACUACACAUACACUCACAAUUACGCUCCCGAAUAGACAAUCAAAACAUGACCGAAGGGCAACACAAACGGCAAAAUCCAGAGACUAUUAAAGCUGGCUGACUGUAAAUAUUUCCUUGUCAUAAAUGCUUUGAUUUCAAUCGGAAAAAAAGGAAUCCUGGUUUUCUACAUUUCUGAAAUAAUUGAUACAGGCAGUGCCGAGUGUCCUACCGUGGUGUGAACUGUACGUACACUUUUUCCCUGUUCAAAACCACCAUAUUUAUAUUUGCCAACAAAUGGUAACGGCCUUCCAGCUUCUCGGAAUCGAUCAUGUUAUUUCUGUUUGUCCAGGUUUUGAACGGUUUGUGAACCAGGGGGAAAGGCUGAUAUUUUUUUAAGGAAAACAAAAAAAUAAUAAUCAAGUGAAUUCAAUUUCACUUUUGCUGUUGGUUUUCUUUUUUUUUUUCUUUUACAUAUUUGGUUGUCCUAAAUUCUAUUAAAAAAAACAUUUCAAAUCUUAUUUGUGUGACCAGUUUGAUGACGGUGUCGAGCAAACUAUUAAAAAUAUAAAUCACAGCUGUCUCACUGUCCUUUCACUCCAAACUCUCCUUUUAUUCAUCAGCCUACAUUUUAUAUGUGCAGAGUGAAGGUGGAUGAGUUGACCUUUAACAAUAAAGUGUGUGUCAUAAAAAGUAGAACGCUGAGACUUAAAUCUGCUAACAUGGCUCCGGUUCCUCAGAGAGAAGGUGUGUUGCUGUUCAUAAAACGUAUUAAAGACCUUUUAAAUACUGUGGACAGAAUCAUGUGUGACCGCGACGAGGAGCCGGGCACUGCGGUGGAAAUCGGUUAAAUCCGUUUCCUCCGGCAGGGUGCGCUGCAUGUGGAGAGCAGUGUGGAGGGAAAUGCAGCUCUUAAAAGCCCCUUGAGGCUCCAUGCUGAGUGCCAUCGGCCCCUUAACUCAAACCACCACUGAAGGGAUCGUGAUGAGGGCCCUCUCUGUUGGCUUUACUGUAGUGCUUUUAUAACCCAGCGGAGGAGCUGGCACAAUAAGCACACCAGGGGGCGCCAUUUCCUCUUAAUGUGGAAAAUAGUUUAGCACUUUAUCUCCAGAGCCUCCUGUGCCGGUGGUGCAUUAGAUGCGCCACUGGAAACUAAGACCCCCCUCCAUUAAACCAGUUGCCUUUUAAACAUAUCACACAAACACGAAGCAAGCUACUUU